UUAACGAUGGUAAUUUCAAGAAGUCUUCCAUAGUCUUCUAAAGUCUAACUCAGAUUCGAAAAAGUCAGCAUAUGUAAAAACGUUGAAAUAGCUUCAAAAAGGAGAAAAAAUCUUAAAAUAUUUUUUAUACUUAAAUAAUAAAUAAAAAAUCAUAUUAGAUUGAAUCUAUAAUUUUUUAGAAUCUAACAUAUGUUUACAAAACAAAAAUACAUAUCCUAAAAUUAUAGAUCUACCUUUAAAGUAGUAGAAGAUGAGAACCAUAUAAUAAAAAACAUGCAAAAAAGAUAAUUUAGUGAGAAAGAUAUGAGACACAAAAAGAUAAAAUUGAUAAAAAGUUUGGUGUUUUCAAAUUCAGAGAGAUUAGAGAGAGAUUGAAGAUUUCUAGAGUGAAAAACAAUACAUUUUUGUCGCAGCCAUUUGAGAGAAAGAGAGAAAAUAUUUAAAUUUUCUUUCUAUAUAAGAAGGCAAAAUUCUAAUUAGAUUAAAUAUUUUCGUUCAAAAGACUUCUUGGAAAAUUUUCUUAUAGAAGAUUUCCUAAGAAGUCUUCUUAACCCUUAAAUUUACUAUUCGUACGAGAAAACUUCCCAAAAAAUCUUUUGAACCCUAAAAUCAAAUAACUAAAUAAAUAGAAACAAAUCUUUCAUGAAUCAUAUGAUCAACUUAUAAAGUGUUUAAUAUAUACAAAACUAAACAUAUAUAUAUCUAAUUGAAUUUUCUUAAACAAAAUUAAGAUUUUAAAAUCUAACCUUAAAAUACAAACAAUACUACAACAUAUGUUACCAAACCCUAAACCAAAGAAAUUUAUGACUUACAACAUAUAUUCACUCAUCUAUGUUGAAAACAAUUCAAUUUUAGUAAAUUUAAAUUUACAUGAUAUAGAAAUGUUUAUAAUUACAUGAUUUCAAAAUUUUCCUCAUAAAAAUAUUUUUAAAAUAUUUAUAAAUUAUUUAUAAGAUUUACUACACAAAAAGACUUUGGGAAGUCUUUUAACGGAAGACUUUUUGGGCAGUCUUUUAACGGAAGACUUUUUGGGCAGUCUUCUCACGGAAGACUUCUUGGACAGUCUUCUCACAAAAGAUUUCACAAACGACCGAAGAAUUUAAAGGGUUAUAUUCGUAAAAGUUCACAUGUUUUUUUGUUUGCUCAUAAAAAACCGGUUGUAAUUUCACUAGCAUUUUGAGUUAUUUUUGCAUUUGAUUGAUUUGAGAUAAAAUUUUGUAUUUAAAAUCAAGUUGUAGGUCAUAUUUGACCAUUUUACCUAAAUUAAUGGUUGUCUUAAUGUACCAAAUAUAUUGUAAACUUAUUUUUAAAGUUAUGAUCAUGCAUUAUAGAGCAUGUUGUAACAUACAUGCCCGUGAAUAACUUUUACGGUUUGUAGUAAAAUUUAGGAGAAUUUGCCAAAAAUUACUCGAUACAUGAUUUAAAAUGCAAAAGUAUAACCACACUUCAAUCAAAUGCAAAAAUAUCCUAAAGUCUUUGUGAAAUUACAACCAGUCCCUUAUGAUCAAACAAAAAAAUCAGAAUGAAUUUUUACUAAUAUAACGUCCAGAUGUCUUCUAGGGUUCUGUAAGUCUUCUCAUAUAGUAGAUCUUAAAAAUAAUUUAUAAGUUAUAAACAAUAUUUUGAUGGGGAAAAAUUGAAAUCAUGUAAUUAUAAACAUUUAUAAAUGAUAUAAAUUAAGAUCUAGUAAAAAUGAAUUAUUUUUAACACAGAUGAAUGUAUGUAGUGUGUCAUGGUAUUUUUGGUUUAAGGUUUAGUAACAUAUGUUGUAGUUAUUGUUUGUAUUUUUAAGAUUAGAUUUUUUAAGCUUAACUUUUUUUGACAAAUUAAAUUUUGACUUUAGUUUUGUGUAUAUUAAACACUUUUAAAGUUGAUUUUAAGUUUUAUGAAGUGUAUGUUUCAACUUAGUUAGUUAUUUCGAGUUUAGGGUUUAGGUGACUUAAGUUUUCCAACAAAUAAUGCACUGAGAAGUCUUCUAUUAGAGAAAAUAUUUAACCUUAUUGGAAUUUUAUCUAAAAUUUACACAUUCUCUCUCUUCUUCUCUAAUGGCUGCAACAAAUAUGUAAUGUUUCUCACUCUAAAACUCUCUAACCUCUCUCUAAUCUCUUUGAACUUCAAACACUAAACUUUAUAUCAAUUUCUCAUUUUUAUCUCAUAUCUUUCUCACUGAUUUAUUCUGUUUUUAAAGGUUUUUCAUUACUUGGUUUUUACCUUCCAGUUCUUUAAAUGUAGAUCUAUUAAACUUAAAAUCAACCUUUAAAAUGUUUAAUAUACACAAAACUAAACACAUAUAGGUUAAUUUUAAUUUUAUUUAAAAAAAAUAAAGAUUACAAAAUUUAAGCUAAAAAUACAAGAAUACUAUAACAUAUGUUACCAAACCGUAAACCAAGGAAUAUCAUGACUCAAUCAACAUUCACUCAUCUAUGUUGAAAAACAUUUAAUUUUUAAAGAUAUUAAUUUAUAUCAUUCACAAAUCUUUAUAAUUACAUGACUUCUAUUUUUGUCUAUAAAAAAUUUUUUUUAUAAAAUUUAUAAAUUAUUUUUAAAAUCUACUUUGAGAAGUCUUCUCGCAGAAGACAUACAAAACAACAGAAGAUUUACCAGAAUUAUAUCUUAAAAAUGCAUACUAUCUCUUUUUUGUCAUAAAGGGUUGGUUAUAAUUCAGUAGCCUUUUGAAUUAUUUUUGCAUUUGAUGGAAUUUAAUGUAUGUUUUUGCAUUUAAAAUCAAAUUUUGAGUCAUUUUUGGCAAUUUUCCUUUAUUAUAAUAGAUUAGAUACAUUUUUUUUCUAAUACUAAAGUAUUUGUAACGAUUUGUUCUUUCCAACAGCUUUUUUCUUUACCUCUUUUUUGUUUACUAGGUGAUUCACUCGCGCAUGCGCGCGGAAAUGAAUAUUUACAAAAAAACUAAAGUAUAAUAAUUUGGGUAAUAUUUUUAUUAAUUUUAGUUUUUAUUUGUUUAUAUAUUUUAUGUUAGUUAAUUUACAGUUUUAAUUUAUGAGUUAUUUAGUUGCCCUGUUUGAUUUUUGAAAAAUAUUUAGUUUGGCCACGAUAUUUAUUUCUAAGAUUGUGAUAUGGUUUAAAUUUUGUAUAGUUAAUUAAUUUUAGUUAAUGCUGUUAGUAAUGACUGUAAUAUCAUUUAUUAUUGUUCUAGUUAAAUAUCUUAAUUUCAAUAAAAUUUAACAAACCUCUAAUCAUUUAACAGUUCAUAAAUAACGAAAUAUAAUAACUAAGAAAACAAAAUUCUGUUUAGGUGUAUUAUGGAUGAAAGUUGUAUAACAUAAAAUAACAAUAAGUGGAAAAAAUUACUGAAGUAAAAAUAUUUUUUUUGUUGAAACAAUCAAAUGUUUAUUUAGUUAAAAAAUAAAAAAAAAACAAUUUAAACUAAUUAAUAUUUAUAGACAACAUUUUGGGUUGAGUAUUAUUAAUUGCCUUUUUCAUCAGUAUUAAUAAUUUUCAGAUAUGGUUUGAUUUCAUUCUGGAAUCGCUACAUAUACUUUUCCGUGAGAAAAAAUAAGUUUUAAGAUAAAUGAACCAACUUUCUCCAAUAAUUGAUAUUGACUCUUGUUUAUGGUCAUUGCUAAAACAACAUCAAACGGAAAUUACCUACGCCACAUCCUAAAUAAAAAUCUUGAUAAAGUAUUUACGUACAUUCAUAUAUUGUAAAUAAGGGGAAAAUAAUAUUUACAAAUUUUAUAAUUAACGUAUUUUCCUUUUAGUUAAGAAAAUAUCUAAAAUAAGAAAAUUGUUUAAAUGUAUCAGGAAAUAAGUAAAUUAGAAAAGGAAGCACAUGCUUUAUUAAAAUACAUUAAUAAUUUUGUAUAUAUGUAACUGAUCAUGGGUUUCAAAUAGAACAAAACUUAGGUUCACCCCUAGAGUGAAGCUCUAAAUUCACACGCCUCUUAUCAACAAUUAAAGUGUUACCUAGAUUAAUAAUAAAAUAUUAAUUUAAAAAAAAAAUUAAAAUAGUAGAAAACAAUAAUAACACCAAUUUUAAUGACGCUAACACCACUAACAAAAUCCUAAAACCUAAAUUCUAAACCAUAAAUCUAAACCCUAACCCCUAAACCCAAAUCCUAUACCCUAAAUCCUAAAUCCAAACUCUAGACUCUAAACCCAAAUCCUAUACCCUAAACCAAACCGUAAACCCAAACUCUAGACUCUAAACCCAAACCAUAGACUCUAAACCCAAACUUUAAACCCUAAAGGAACAACAUCAACAUUAACCCAAACCUUUAGGGUAUAGGGUUUGGGUUUAGGAUCCAAAGUUUGGGUUUAGAGUAUAGGGUUUGGUUUUAGAGUCUAGGGUUUGGGUUUAGGAUUUAGAAUCUAGGUUUGGGUUUAGGUUUUUGGGUUUAAAUUUAGGGUUUAGAGUUUAGAAUUUAGGGUUUAGGGUUUAGCUAACGGCGUUAAUGUCGUUAAAGCUGGCGUCAUUAUUUUUUUUUAUUAUUUUAAAUUUUUUUGUCAAAAUAAUAAUUUUCAUUACUUAUCUAGAUGACAAUUUGAUUGGUGAUAAGAGGUGUGGUGAAUUUAAAGGUUCAUCCUACGGGAUGAACCUAAGUUUUGUUCUUUCAAAUAUAUAAAUUUCUUGUAUAUUUUAAUGUUAAAGAUAUUAUUUUUUAUAUAAAUUUACUUUUUGAUAACAUUUUGGUUAGAGGAAAUUCCUUUAUAAUAAUAAUGUAAUUACAAAAUAUUAUGAAUAAUAGGAAAUAUAUUAGUAAUACCAAUUAUAAUAGUGAAUUCAAUUCGUUAAAAUAUCGCAAUAAUAAACACUAUGAGUGUUAACAUGAGUAUAACACUAUGAGUGAUAUCGCAAUAAUAAACUAUAUCAUUUAUGUUAUUCAAGAUUAUGUUUCAAAGGAAAUAUGUUAUUUUUAAUAUCAAUAUUAUUUUUGCGAACUUUCCUUUUUUAUGAUUUUUUCGUUUUUAAAUAUUUUUUUUAUUUUAACAAAUGCUUUAUUUGAUUAUAUAUGUUAUUUGGAAAUAAUAUAAAAAGGAAAAAAUAGAAAUAAAUUUAGAUAAGGCAAUUAGCUAAAUAUUUAAUUCAUUAAAUGUAUCACUGUAAUCAACCAUUGUGAGAAAUAACGUGAGCGCGAUACGUAAAAAACUGACUUCUCAAAUAUUAUUAUAGAGAUACAAAAUGAAUCAGCAGUAAUUAACCAAUUAAUUCUUAUAAUGCAUGAUUAUGUGUUAGUUUGAUGAAUUCAAACAUGAUUUAAUUAUGAAUUUCAAAUUAUAUCCACAUAAAAAUGUAAUCUUAAAUAUAAUAUUUUCUAACAAUGUACAAGUACAGCUAUCCCCUUAUUAUCAUAAGAUUCUCUGGAUUUCUUGAUUUUUAGAACACAUAAUCUUAACCAACCUCAUGUAAACCUACAGUUCCAUGAAUUUUCCUCUCUUUUUUGUCGAUAUCCAUGCAUAUAAGAAUAACUUACUCAUAUAGUCGUAUCUGUUACAUGAAUAUAACAUAAAGAAUAAUACAUUAAUGGAAAGUUUUUUUCAAUGGAAAGUUAGGACCGACAAGAAUACUGAAAAUGAAAUUUCCAAAAUUCAAAUGCACAACACGGCCGAAUAAAAAUCAUAUAUAGUGGAAUUCUAAAGAGAAAUAGAGAACAAAGGUUGAAAACAAAACUAUGGAGAUUAGGAAACGACGAGGACGUCCGCACAUACCUGAGAUAAGAGUGGAAAAGAAGGAAGAAGAGGAGGAGCAACCGCUUAGCCCGGCUGCGCGUCUGUUUCACGCGCCGGAAUUUAACUGCAACAUCAUAUCGGUGGUUGGUUUGAAGAGCAAGAUCAAACCAGCUGUGAUUAUCGAUGGAAUAAAGCAAACUUUGAUUAGACAUCCUCGUUUCUCCUGCAAACUGGUGGAAAGUGGUAACAACCAAAGACGAGAACAAAAAUGGGUUCAGACAAAGGUGGUGGCAGAGGAUCAUGUCGUCAUUCCCAAAAUCGAUAUGCAUAACAUAGAGAACGCAAACGCAGACGCUUUCCUAGAUAGCUACGUCUCUGACCUAACUACGAUCCCGUUAGACACUUCCAAACCAUUAUGGGAAGUUCACUUACUCGACUUAAGAACGUCAGACGCUGAAAACGUGGCCAUUUUGAAGAUCCAUCACUCUGUUGGCGAUGGUAUGUCUCUGAUGUCUCUAGUCCUUGCUUGUACACGUAAAACAUCGAAUCCCGAUGAGCUACCGAGUCUACCGAAUCAAAAAAGUUCAUUGUCUGGAUCAAGGAGUUAUUCCCGGUUAUUCUGGCUGGUUAUGGCUCUAUGGUCGGUGGCUAUGUUGGUUUUGAAUACUGUUUGUGAUGCUCUGGAGUUUAUUGCUACGGCAAUGUUCCUUAAGGACACUGAAACACCGAUCAAAGGCAAUUUCCGGUUAAGUACGAGUAAGCGGAUGUGUUGUGUUCAUCGUACCGUAAGUUUUGACGACCUAAAGCUAAUCAAGAACGCCAUGCAAAUGACUGUCAACGAUGUUAUACUUGGAGUAUCUCAGGCUGGUCUCUCGCAAUAUUUGAAGAGAAGAUAUGGAGAACAGGAAGAACCAAUGCCUAAAGGAAUAAGGCUAAGGGCAGCUCUGCUCGUAAACAUACGACCGGCUACUGGAAUCCAGGAUUUAGCUGACAUAAUGGAAAAUGGAUCAAACUGUACAUGGGGAAAUUGGAUCGGCUACAUAAUCUUUCCGUUCUCUAUUUCACUCUGCGAUGACCCAUUGGAACAUCUCCGACGAGCCAAGUUCAUAAUCGACAGGAAGAAGAACUCGUUUGAAGCCCUGCUAACGUUCAUUGUUGGGAAUUUCAUUCUAAAAUCGUUUGGGGUUCAGAGGGCAGCAAAUAUACUAAAGAGAGCAUUGUCAAACACAACGAUGUCAUUUUCAAACAUGGUUGGUCCGAUUGAAGAAAUCAGCUUCUAUGGCCAUCCCGUCACGUACAUGGCCCCAAGUGUGUAUGGUCAUCCCCAUGCAUUGACAAUGCAUUUUCAAAGUUAUAUGAACAAGAUGACCGUUUCUUUAACAGUUGAUCCAACAGUCAUUAGUGAUCCUCAUCGGCUAUGUGAUGAUUGGGAGGAAUCUCUAAGAAGCAUCAAAGCUGCUGUCCAAGAAAAAAGUUGUACUCAUUAGAUUGAGCUAUUUCUUCUUUUAUUUUGAGAAAAAAAAAUUAAAAGAGAGACAAAGAAAGUAUAAAAAUGAAGAAUUUUUAUAUUAACAUAUGUUGAAAUUUUGUAUAAAGGAAUCAGAGAAUAUAAUUUAUCAUAAUUAUGUAAACUAACAAAAAAACUUACAUGAAUAAUUCAACAUAGUUCAGAUAGAACAGUUAAACAUAAAAUCUUGGUAGAGCGGUUCAAUUAUUUGGUGCAACCGUGCAAGUAGUGAUCAAUAUGAUGUAAAUACGUCUAACAUAAUUCUCAUAUAAUGCAUUAUUGUCGGUUAUCAAAAUCUAUAUGAUAAUGAGAGAGUUACUUUCUGUUGAAGGCGGCACAUUAGCAUCACGUGGAUCUCACUUUAAAAGAUGUAAAGAGAUAUAAAACCCAUGAUUUGAAUUCGGGUUAUUCAAAUACAAACACUAAUAUGUAUACCACUGAACUAAAGGAUAAUUUGUACAUUGAUACCCGAAACUAAUAUAUAUUUAUGAAGGUCGGAAGCUAUUGUUUCUUCGACUUCCUCUGAGGACCGGACUUACAAGUGUAUUAUGAGUUUCAUUUUUAAAUGACAUCACGUUAUAUGAAGAAAAAAGCUCAAGUUUGCAACAAUUAUAGUUUUUCCAUAUUGUAGACCGUCGUCGUUUAACAUGAAUUAGAGUUCUUUUCAUCAUUAUCUCAGACAUGUCUGAGUUACAGAGUUGUGCCGUGUGUCUGUUCAUAAUCUACUUUUUCACUGGUGAACUCUUCAUCUCCCCAUCUUAAAUCGUUUGAUCAUAAAUUGUCUUGAUUUGUAGUCCUUCUGUAAACCUUAUAUAUAUAUGAUUCUUAUCUUUGAUGAACCCAUUAUGCAUCCACAAAACUCAUUGAUUCCUCUUAGCUUUAGCCAUCUUCUAGAAAAUAUCUCUCUCUGCCUCUCCAGUUCCUCAAACCGGCGUUCCCGGCGUCUGUCACUCAACCUUCGAGUCUCUUCGUCUUGUUCAUGGUAGUUAGAGCAUAGCCGCUGACCUCCUCCGCUUCUGAGAUUCCCUGAACUUCAAGAAAAACAGUGAGUUUAUGGGAAUCACGGUUCUCUUCCUUGAUGAAAAUAUAAGUUAAUCUUCGAUCUAUCACACUUAUUUAACAUAACUGUUCUUAACUGAUUUCAUGAUUCUUGUUGAAUAAUAUUAUUUUCAGAUUUCGUGAUUCAUGGGUUUAUUCCCGCCAAACAUGCUAAUCAUUACAUACCAUCUUUGAAAGCUAGUUCCAUUGUGAAAGUCGUUCGUUUUGAGGUUGCUAGGUGCUCACAUGUACAAAAUAACUGAUCAUGCAUUUCUCAUUCGUUUCAUCCCACCAACCAUUAUUAAUAAAGUCAUCAUGGGUACUCCUGAGAUCAAUUUCCAGUCCUGAUUAGACUGUUCGACAAUUUCCAAGUGAUUGCGAACAUAAACCUAGACCUCCCAGGUAUAUUAUCAUAUUGCAUCUGGGUUUAUAUUAUGUUUCGAUAUCAUAACUGAUAUUUAAACUCGCAGAUAUGGUUGUACAAAUCCGUUAUGUCCAGGUCCCUCACCAAAGAAACAACUCGAGUCGUUAUCCGUCUCCUCAUUGACCCAUAAGAAACAAUCAACACAUAAUUCCCUUCAUAUUUUUGUCUAUAUUGUGCUAACAUCAAUGAUCAAAAAUAUUUCCUACCCAAAAUCAGUGGUCGUCUAUUUAUCUCUCUUACUUAUCAAACUAGUUUUACACAAACCUUUAUUUUACAGCUUUAAAAAAACUACAACAACCGAAACAAUCAAAACACCAAAAACUAGAAUCCAAAAAUAAAAAGACGAAUCACCUCUUUUUUUUUGUCUAAUCUUACAAAUAAACUUCAAAACAAAUAUACCAAAUCAAUCACCUCAACUAAAACUCAACUACAUAUACAUCGAAUCAGCUAAAAAAAUACAAACUACACGGGCAACUAUUUAACAAUUACAAACUUACUUUCGCAUAUGUUUACGAAGAAGACGAAGAUGACAACCAAGAUCAUUGAAAUUACCUAAACGAAAAAACAGAGUAAGUUACAAACUCUGAUAAAUACAACUAACAACGAUUUGUUUACAUAUUACCCAUCAAAUAAAAGAAAAACAAACACAUGCACACCAAGAGAUACAAAAGAAUCCCGACAUACACAAAUGCGGUAACAACAUCUCCACCUGCUCACUCUUUUUGUUUUAUGAAAAUAGCUUACAUGCCAUGCAAUUAUCUUCUUAUGAGAAAUACAUAAAUUCGUUUAAGACCCAUUUAAACCCAAAUAUUCAGAAUUGUCACUCAUUUUAUAGUUAUUUCUACAAGUCUUCAUGUAUUUGUUUUAAAGGUCCGGUAAAAGCAACAAGUUUAAAAAAAAACAUAUAACAAACAUAAUAAGAAUAAUAAAAAUUAUUACUUAAUACACACAAUUUACGUAACUAAACUGAGGAAAAGAUAUCCAGAAUAUGUACUCUCAACAGUACAAAGAAACAAA